CUCCGCCCGCGCAUCAAACGUCGAAAAAUCGUAACGUCGCGAGUGCUACGGAGGCCAGGAGGAAAUUCGCCAGCAAUAGCUACACUUGGACCAAAAAACAAGAGGAAACUGGGAAAUGUACGAGCACAAACACAGCGAGUGCAGUGGAAACCGAAAUCGCCAUUGAAUCGAAGAGCGCGUGCAUAUAUACGGGUUCCGUUGGUUCCGUUCCGUUUCUUGUCGCUUUUCUUGCACACACUUUACCACUUUACCUUUGCGUCUCUCGUUUCGUGCGUGCGUGAGUGUGUGUGUGCGCGGAGUGUGGUGUGCGUGCGUGCGUGUGUGUUGUUUUUGUGUGUUCGUUUAACUAAAGCACAGGUAGAAGGAAAAGCAGCGGAGAAAAGAAAACCAUGGGCGAAAUAUGCAUAUGAAAUUAAGUAAAUACACGGCGACAGCAGCAGAAAACAUCCAGUAGCAACGAGAAACAACAACAACAAUAACAACACACGUUAAUAACUCAGUUUUGUGCGUCUUUCGUCUGCGCUUCACAUAGUAUUAUUUUUCUCUUGGAUUUUCGACACAAAAACACCAUGAGUGAGCGAGCGAGAGCGAAGAUCGUGAUCACCGUGUCGUGAAUGAAUUUUUGUCAGUGUGUGCGAGGCGUGCUCUACGCACACACACGUACGUAAACAACACAACCACACACGGCCCAUCAUCGAUCACCAAUCACCUGUGUGUGUGUGAGUGCGGCAUUUAAUAAAUAAUUGUGUGCAAAUAAAUGUUCCAAAAAGAAAUUGUUAAGCCCAACCAGCAAAAAACGUAAAUCAACGUAAAUAAAAAAAAAAAGACGGUUGAAAAGCAAGUGCGUGUGUGCAGAAUUCUUCUGGUGUCUUGGGAGCUUCGUUUUACGGAUACGAAACAUAUAUAACUUCCCUCUUUGCCGAAAAAGGAUGCGGCUGUAGAAGAGGACUCUCAACCAGGAGGCACACGAGAUCGAAGGAACCCACACAGGAGUCAUGUCGCAGCAAGUGUUCUCGGCGCAUCCAGCGCUGGCGGUGGACCAGCUGCAGCAGGCGGAGCAGGAGGAGCACAAUACCAGUAGUAAUCAUCACCAGCAGCGAUCGGCGACACAGAGCCGCCGGCAUACCAAGGCCGCGCCCAAGAAGUUCACCCUGAGCAGAAGCUGCGCCGGCGGAGGAUCGGGAACCAUGAGCGGAGUCCACCAGCAAGUCGCGCCCAGUCCUUCAAACCCCGCCAUCAGUCCGGAGUCCAGGAAAACCCUGCCCGUGCGAACGAACUACGCGGCGGUGGACGACGACGAUGACAUCGAGUGCGAGGACGUGGACGAGGUGAACUUUGGCCAGCAGGAGAAGGAGCGGGAGCGGGAGACACGGCAACCAACCAAAGACUGUGGCACCGAUGAGACGGAUCAUGUGCAGCAGCGCCACAAAAACACAUCGACGACCUCGGCGACGGCGGCGAGCAGGCACCACCACCAGGACGGCGGAGGAGGUGACCAGAGCGAUCUGAGCAGCGUGAUCAGUUCGCCGUCGGUCAGCACAGUGUCCUCGCCCCUCUCCACGCCCACCAGGUUGCCACAGGCGCUGCAGCAGCAGCUACACUGCUGCCAGAAGUCCACGGGCAUGGAGUCCCGGGCGAGAACAUCUCCGCAACAGAUCCAGCAUCCGCACAGACAGCACCACCAGCAGCAGCACCAUCAUCACCACCACCAUCACCACCUCACGGCAGCGGGUUGUGCGGGCGGAGGAGGAGGCGGUGGCUCUGGAGGAUCGGGAUCCUGCAAGGCGAAGAAGCUCGAUCCCCGACUGAAUCCAUCGCCCUAUCGCCAGCUAUUGCCCAUCGCCCUGUGCCUGCUCUCCUUCGCGGCAGUCUUCGCCACAUUAAUAGUUUACAUGGACACGACAGAGAUUCGCCAUCAGCAGUUUCGGCUGAACAUGUCGCGCGACUACGAGCUGAAUGGGGUUGCGCAAGACGAUCCCGCACUCAUCGAUUUCCUGCGCCAGAUCCACAUGGGCAAGUACCUGGGCAAGGCGUCGCCCAAGGUCGCGGCAGCGGCCUCAGUGGGCGUGGGUCCGCCGCCCAACUCGCCGCGCCUCGCCGCCGCAGGCUCGACAUUCGGCAGUAGCAACAGCAGCGGCAGUGGAGCCGAUCAGCUGGCCCACUACGUGGCCGACCUGGUGGGCGGCAAGAUGAACGGCGCGGUGAUCCAGUCGCUGAGCGGUCCGCUCGCCCAUCUGAUCACGGCGCCCUGGCUGAGCGAGCAGCUCAACUGGAUGGGCGUGCUGGUGGAGCCGGAGCCGCGCUGGUACUUCACGUUGCGCAAGCAGAAUGCCCAGCGGGCGCGCAUGCAGGUGGUGCACGCCUGUGUUUCGCCCAAUACCUAUCCCAAAGAGAUUACCAUACACAACGAGGAUGUGCGCAUCAAUAGUCUGCACGACGAGGAGACCUCGUGGUUCAACUCGCGUGUCAAAUGCUUUCCGCUCUACACAAUCAUGCUGGCAUGUGAGCGCACCGAAUACGAUCUGCUCAGCCUGGGCGUACAGGGGCAUGAGCUGGAGAUCUUGCAGACGCUGCCCUUCGACAAAGUCAAAAUCGAUGUGAUAUCGAUACAUUUGCUCGAGGAUCACGAGGACGUGGCCGAUUACGUGCUGGACAUCACCAGGUUCCUGGCGGGCAAGUCCUACAAGCUGCAGCGCAAGAUCGGUCGGAACUACUUCUACCAGCGGCUGAAUGCCAGCGCCAGUCGCACGCGCAAGAAAGAUAUCCUGCUGCUGAAGACGCCCUAGGCUCGACCACCGCAACGAACGACCGAAGGAUCAAACUGGGCGUCAGCUGCCCAGACGACAUCGAAGUGAAGACAAGCGUUGAACAGCGAACAAUGAAAGUAGUUACUGAAAGAAAUCAAGAAAACACUUGGCAGCGAAGCGAGAGAACAGCUUAACUCUCAAACUGAACUCUAUGUUAUAAUGAUAAUUAUUACUAUACAUACGCUACACUAACGAUAUCGUUUAAUAUACUGUAUACCGAUUAUGAUAUAUUGUACGAGUAGAAUCUUAGUUUUUGUAAAACUCAAAUACCCUUCCCCUCUCAAAAACAUAUUAUAUCACCUUUAUGUUAUUAUUUCCAUUUAUUUUUUGUCGAAAUUGUUUUUUGUGCGCGUGUACGAGCCGAGUACACAGAACAAUUGUGUUGAACGAGAACACAGCAUUACUAUAUACAUAUAUGCAUAUAACGUAUUAUGAUUUGCUAUAAGCUAUGCUAAUGAAUGUUAAUCUAAGAGUGCGCACGCCCAACCGCCCGCCCCUUUUCGAUGUAUAAAUUAAAUUGCAACUGGCGCGGCGAGUUCGGAUUAUGAACGAGAAAUAAUUGUAACUGCUCUGCUACUAGGCUUAGGUCGGCUAUCUCCUACAAACUAUCCAAGCAUCUAUCUAUGCGAGUUUAUGUUAUAUCGAAUGCUUUAUCUAGUAAUCAAUAAGUAAAGAAAGCUAACGUAAAUUAUUGUUUAAACGGGCGCCAGACGACGAAGGAACGGAAGUAGCGCAAAACUAAAUACAAAAACAUUUAAAUUAUAUUAAAUUAUUGAACCAAACCAAGCACAUCCAUACACAUAAACACAACCAUUGUACACACAUACACACACUAGCGCAAGCGAAUAAAUAUAUAGUAAACUCAUUUGCAAAAUCUGCUUUCAACUCAUCUCAUACUCAUAGUUACAACAUAAGCGAACCAUUAAAUUAAUGAGCAAAAAUGAAAAUCGAAGGAAUAGACCAUUAGACGAGGCAGCGAGAAAAUUGCAAAGAAAUUACGAAAUAGAGCAAAAAUCUAAGAAAACAGCCCCAACCCAAAACACUCACACUACACUCAUGCACAUUUUUGUACUAAAUGUACUAGUGGAUAAACAAAGUAAAUAAAUGUAAAUGUAAAGCAGCGAAAUCAAAUGUAAACCACUCUUAUUUCUAUUACAUUUUAGUAUACACAAUGUAUUAUUUUUUUUUAUGUGCACACUAGGACACAGCUGAGAUCGGUGACAGUUGUUGCAAGUGCCGCGAACUCGUUGCACCUCGCCCGCCCAGAAAACAGAAACACAGACUAUAGAGCCAGACACAGAUAUUGAAUUGAGAGCCGAGUAGAGAAUCAGUGCCUUCGACUUAGACUUGAAAGAAACCAAAAUCUAAGCAUUACUCAUAUUGAAAUCGUUGUACAUAGAGAGAGGAGAGCAUUGAGCAGCAACCGUCACUAGCCGAACAUUUGUUGUUACCAAUUGCCGUCUGUUAAACUUGCCUUACCGAUGAUGAGAGGGGCCGGUGAUGCCCAUGCCCAUGCCCACAGUCUUCACUCAGUCACUCAGUUACUCAGUUACCACACUCGAAUCCGUCACAAGCAGAACUACAGAAUCGCGACUAAAUCACAAACAUCACCUUAGUCUAAGUACAGUGCUAAUGUCUGUUUUUUUAAGCCUAAUUCUAAUUACUUAGUUGUAUCUUGUGUAAAUUAGCGUUUAACCAAAUUUUAAGUAGGCUAUUACGAUACCGAUUACCAUCUGAUUCGGCCUUGUCCAUAGCACCCAUCCCACAUAGCAUCCACAUCCACCACGAAAGCCCUCACCAUACACCCCACACUCUAGCAAAAGGCUAACUCAUGCUAAGCUCGACAUCGAACUAGAAAUUGUAUUUACAACGAGCAUAAACUAAGGAAACAAAAUUUAUAGUUAAUAUUAAAAUAAAGAAUCAAAAACUUAUGAA